UUCAGGGAGCUGAACCUGGUGAAGGACCAGCAGCACAGUCUCCUCACGCUGCUCCGUGUUUUCCAUCCAGCGUUACAGAAGCUCACGGCAGAGACGCUCGCUGUCUGUAAACCUUUGUUCAUCUUUGACGGCCUGGAUGAAAGCAGACCUUCUCUGGACUUCAACCACAGGGAGCUUGUGUCUGAGGUCACACAGAGGUCAUCAGUCAACGUGCUGCUGACAAACCUCAUCCGGGGGAAUCUGCUUCCCUCGGCUCUCGUCUGGAUAACCUCCAGACCUGCGGCGGCCAAUCAGAUCCCUCCUGCAUGUGUUGACAGGGUCACAGAAGUACGAGGAUUCACUGAGGCCCAGAAGGAGGAGUACUUCAGGAGAAGAUUCAGUGAUGAAGAGCUGUGCAGCAGAAUCAUCUCACACAUCAAGACGUCCAGGAGCCUCCACAUCAUGUGUCAAAUCCCAGUCUUCUGCUGGAUCAGUGCUACAGUUCUGGAGCACAUGUUGACCACAGACCAGAGAGGAGAGCUGCCCAAGACCCUGACUGACCUGUACUCACACUUCCUGCUGGUUCAGACAAAGAGGAAGAACAACAAGUACGGUAAUAAGAGGGCUGACAGGGACGUUCUCCUGAAGCUGGGGAGGCUGGCACUUAAACAUCUGGAGGCAGGAAACAUCAUGUUCUACCAAGAAGACCUGAAGCAGUGUGGUCUUAAUGUCACAGAGGCCUCGGUGUACUCAGGAGUUUGUACUGAGAUCUUCAGAAGAGAGUGUGUGAUCUUCCAGAAAUCAGUCUACUGCUUUGUUCAUCUGAGCGUUCAGGAGUUCCUGGCUGCAGUCUUCAUGUUCCACUGUUACACCGAGAGGAACGCAAGAGAACUCAAGAACUUCUUUGGAACAUAUAGGGACACAGACAGUACCUUCUCCCUGGAUGAUAUCCUGAAGAGAACCAUGGAGAAAUCCCUCACCAGUACAAAUGGUCAUCUGGACCUGUUUGUUCGCUUCCUUCACGGCCUCAGUCUGGAGUCCAACCAGAGAGUCUUAGGAGGCCUGCUGGGUCGGACAGAGAACAAUCCAGAGAUCAUCCAGAGAGUCAUCUACAACCUGAAGGAGAUGAAGAGUGAUAAGAUUUCUCCUGACAGAAGCAUCAACAUCUUCCACUGUCUGACUGAGAUGAACGACCACUCAGUUCAUCAGCAGAUGAAACAGUUCCUGACGUCAGAGAACAGAUCAAAGGAGGAACUCUCUGAGAUCCACUGCUCAGCUCUGGCCUACAUGCUGCAGAUGUCAGAGGAGGUUCUGGAUGAGUUGGACAUGGUGACGUUCAACACAUCAGUCCAGGGUCGAUGGAGACUGAUCCCAGCUGUGAGGAACUGCAGGAAGGCUCGAGACUCACUGUGAAGUCGUGGCCUCAGCUCUGAAGUCAGACCCCUCACAUCUGAGAGAACUGGAACUGAGUUUCAACAACCUGUAUGAUUCAGGAGUGAAGCUGCUGUGUUCUGGACUGGAGAGUCCAAACUGUCGACUGGAGACUCUGAGGUCCUUAAAUCCUUCUUCACUUUUCAGACUUUCUUUCUUAUUGGGUCAUUAUUUAUUUAAAUUGUCUCAGUUCUGCUCUGCUCACUGUCCCUCAGUCAUCUGUCCCUCACCCAGCCUGUCAGUCACGUCCACCUCAUCAACUCCAUUCACCUGCACUCACCUGCUCCUGAUCACUGAGAAAGUGUCAGUAAAUAACAUGUGGACUGAGGCCGAGCACUCGUCCUCCUCAGGUUUUCAAAAUAAGACACAUUCUUAUUGAAACACCUUGGACAGUUGAUAGAAACAAACAGGAAGUGACAUCAGGAGCCGUCCCUACUUUAAACAGUGUUUAAUUACACAAACCUGCUCAGUGACCAACACACAGAGAAGAAGCUGACGAAUGAAACAAUGGUCCAACAUGUCUGAUCUGAUAUUUAUCUUCAGGUCACAGACUGGACUGAGGUCAGCAGCAUGUUGAGAGUCUGUGUUGACAUGAUGACGAUCCACAACAACAGGAGGACACAU